AGUGGUAACCCUUAUUUGUAAAUUUUUAUUUUUUACUUCAAUUCUAUGUAAACGUUUGCUUUUUGUUCAAUUUUUACACUUUUUUUUACCUUGUUUAUGUUAAUUUCAUAAAAUUCCAAAAUGGUUGAUGUUCUUUAAUGGGUUUUUUUUCAUGUUUAUAUUAAUAUCUCUUAUGAAUGAGAAUUGAUUCAAACUAGUUUUUCUUCAAUUAUUGAGCAAGUUGUUGUUGAAUUGGUUGAAUUACAUAAUUUGAUUUCAUAAGUAGGUUGGUAUGUGGAAUUCGGUUUUUGUUGAAGCUAUUUUAGCUCCAUAAGAUAGUUAAAUAAACUCCGAAUUCAUACGUGAUUCUUUAUUGUGCUUUGUGUUCGUUGUUUUAAGGAUUUUGGACUUCUUAGCCCCAUAAGUUGAUUCAUUUUUCUUAGAAUUCGUUAUUGAGUGAUUAUUAUGUUUUCAUGUGUUUGUUUGUUAUUUUCAUUGAAUUAAGGUUGUUUAAGCUCAAAAACAAUUCUCAAUUUAUUGAAAAUAUGUUGUGUUCAUUUAUGUGAAUAGAAAAAAUGUCAUUGGUUUGAGGAGUUCAUGAAAAUCUGUGAAAUGUGCUCAUCAUUAGGAGAAAAAGUUUGUUAAAAUGCAUAAGGUAUUGGCAGUUUGUGAAUAGAUUAUGUAUGAGAGUUGAAUGCAUAAUAGAUUCUCUCUUUUAUAAACUUUUUCUAUAGUGGAAGUAUGUUCUCAUGCUUGAAUAGAGAGUUGGGGUUCUAAGGUAUAUUUCAAAACGGGCCUUUGAAUUGCAUGACUCCGGGCCGUGUGGAGAGUUGACAAUCCUCCAUAUCGUGGUUAAGGAAAUGAAUCGACUCGGCCUUUGAUUGUUUUUUUCUAUUCUUAAGUGCGUAAGUUACGUAAUAUAUUGUCUACGUGUCUAUUAUACGUGUAAUGUUUGAUUUGUGUUUGUUCUCUUUUUCAUUUUGUUUCAGGGUCUUGGUGGUGUUUUUUUGGGUUUACUUUUGUUGGAGGAGUUGAUUAUCUUUAGAGCUUCUUUUCCCCCAUUUAAUUAAAAAACCAAAAAGAUUUACUUUUUAUUCAAACCCCCCCCCCUUUGUGUUUUAUGUUUAUAGUUAUAAUAUAGUUCUUCGUUUAUAAGUUAUAUUUAUAAGUUUUAAAAUUUAUUUAGUUAUAAGUUUUAUUAUAAGUUUUAUACGUCUUAUCAUAUGUGUAGUAGUUAGUUUUAUUUUUAUAUUUAUUUUCGUGACAACGUGUUCGCAUGCUAAUUGAUUUUAAAAAGUACAAACUUUCUCCAUGGGAUCGACCCUUACUUGCCCUAGCUAUAGUUUUUAUUUGAUUAUAUUUUGGGGGUUAGUUAAGGAUAUUUUAUAAAUUUUUAAUUUGUUUUGGACCACACGACAAGUCCUCAACAAUUCCAAUGUUUUGGACAAAAGAUAGGCCUAAUCAGCAAAGUGCGCCGAUCGUGUGGUAGUCUGGUCUAGAACAAACCUUGAUGUCAUCCUUAGUGAGACCGGGGUCUUCAAAUGAGAGCUGCUCGGGUAAGUGAGAUAGGCACAAAGGAUGCACCCCUCGCCUUAGAUCCGAGAGCAAAUAGUUCACGUCGUGGAAGACGGAUAUAUAAGAGUGCGUCGAGAUGGACGGCUUACCUCGGCCUCGCGAAUAGUAUCGUCGCGGACGAUUUGGGGUGCCUCGCGGGGAGGGCUUACCUCAGCCUCGUAGAAGAGGAAAUAAAAUCGUGUCGUGGGAGACAGAUGGGAGUGCGUCGCAGUGGAUGGCUUACCUCGGCCUCGUGGAAGAGGAAAUGAGAUCACGUCGUGGAAGACGGAUGGGAGUGCGUCGCGGUGGACGGCUUACCUCGGCCUCACGAUAAUAUCGUCGCAGACGAUCUUCAACACCUCGUAGGGAGGUUUUACCCGGCCUCGCUAAGGAAUGACUAAAUGAGUUGGAUCUGAGCCAUGCAUUGAGGUAAGUCGCUGGCCUGUGUGGGGUGUGAGAUUAAGCUUCGCACCCAUCCCACAUCAGGGCUUAAAGUGUUGAACACAAAGUGUAAUACCGUCGUCCAAGUGAGGUCUGAUCACAUGUAGUGGACAAGGACAAUUGAAAUAAUGGUGUCAAGGACACUUAUCUUUUUAUUACCCACUGCACCAUCUCCACAAUAAAGUUCCACGUGCCUGCUCAAUUUCACUGCUCAAUUCCAGUGAAUAGUCAUUGGACCCGACCUAUUUUUCAAAUUUAGAUCUGCAUCUUGGAUUUCACUGCUGUGUCGUGGUGUAAAUAGUGUAGCCAGCGAUUUGGAGCAGCUUCACCAGCGCUAGGAUUAUGGACGGAGCUGACCACAGCCGAACCGAGUGAAGGAGUAGGUGACAGGAGGCUGACCUUCGUGGGUGAACCGUGGAUCUGGGCCAUCCUCCGAAGCAGGAGGCAUUCCAUCGUCGCUGGCUGAUUCGUGAACCGUCGGAACACCUCCCCGUUAGAUUUCGCUGUAAUCGGGACGCUAAAAAAACUCGCCGACGGACCUCGUCGCCGGCAGUGUCACGCCAUCGACAGAGCUCGUCACUGCUCCAGAGUCAACGGCCUUCGUCACUAGCUGCGUAGAGGAGGGACGCCGUGCAUUGGAGUCAUCAGAGUGGUCAUCAACUAGCCCAUGGGAUGACGGAUCUGCAGCAGAUCUACCCUCCUCGCUACCUCCGACUCCACUCGCCGGCGAGAGUCAAGCGGUCAACGGCGGUGCUGCGAAAUCUGGCCAGAGAUGGGUGGCACAUCCAAGAUUUGCGGUUGACUAACGUCAAAUUCCGGAGCAGCCGAAGCCGUCGAAACGCCUCUGAGCGUCGCCGAUGAUGAGCAGGGCUUCACAGGGUCGGGUCGUCCAGAGCAUUGACGGUGAACAGAGCUUCGCUGAGUCUGUAGUAGAGCCAAUGUUGUUGCUGAAGAUGCCGAAGGAAUUUGGAAAAAAUCCUUCCUUUUAAUCCAAGAAAAACACGAAUGGAAAAGAAGUGUCUUGCUUCAACGUGGACUGCCGAUUAAAGCUCCACCGACAGCCACCAUUGGCUGUAAAAUGAAAAAGGAAUAGAAGAAAAAUUGUGUCUAGCACGCUUGAUGUGUUCGACACUCUCAAUGAAAGCACCAUUGUUGGAAUAUGGAAUCCAUGGGUAGAAGAAGAAGAGAAAAUGUGUAGAGAAGAUCAUGAAUAGUAUUGGUGUUAAGCCCCCUCCUCCCCACCCCUCCCUCCCCCACUCUUCCAAGAAAAAGAGUAUAAAUAAGGAGAGUUAGG